AUGGCAAACGAAUGGGCUCCGGCCAGUACGGAAUAUCCUGCAACUCCCGGAUCCACGGAAGCCUCGUCUCAAAUGCAACAUCUGGCGGACGAUAUAAAAUGUUAUGAUGUGCUAGUUUGCGAUAAGACGGCGCUAAAAAUGGCAAACGAGUGGGCUCCGGCCAGUACGGAAUAUCCUGCAACUCCUGGAUCUACUGAAACCUCGUCUCAAAUGCAACAUCUGGCGGACGAUAUGUAUGACAAGGUGGCUGCAUAUCUACAGGGGCAAAUUGAAGGGAGUGUUGCGGAAUACAAAUUGCUUGAGGAUUUGAAUAAUGUGACAAGUCAGCGUUACGAUGAUAUGAAGCAGGUGGCUAGUGAUGAAACGCUACGCCCGUAUUUGCAACAAAUCGAUGAAGUUGAUGAAAACACUCGAAAAUUGGAGGAAGCGGCUGGUAUGCUGGAGCGCUACGUGACAGCUCUCGGUAAAUUUUUCGUUUCCUUGUAA